CUAUUUUCUUCUUCAUCCUGCUACAUCCUGGCUUGACGGAUAUUCGACGUGCACAUCCCGUAUUGAGUCAGUCAAUCGCAGGCACCAUGGCUGGCUUGAAGUGUACAACGUGCUUUCUGUCUCUGCUUUUUGUCUUUGCAGCCUCUCAAGAAGAAACAACAACAACAUCAACAUCAACAAUGUCCACAUCCAAAAUAACUUCUAGUGUAGCGUCCUCUACUCCAGGUUUAACCACAACAGCUCCUGCACAGUCGACUGCUAGCAUGAGUCCUUCAAGUACAACAAUGGCAGGUAUAGCGUCCUCUACUCCAGGUUUAACCACAACAGCUCCUGCACAGUCGACUGCUAGCAUGAGUCCUUCAAGUACAACAAUGGCAGAUAUAGCGUCCUCUACUCCAGGUUUAACCACAACAGCUCCUGCACAGUCGACUGCUAGCAUGAGUCCUUCAAGUACAACAAUUGCAGAUAUAGCUUCCUCUACUCCAGAUUCAACCACAACAGCUCCUGCACCGUCAACUGCUAUCAUGAGUCCUUCAAAUACAACAAUGGCAGAUAUAGCUUCCUCUAAUCCAGAUUCAAACCCAACAGCUCCUGCACCGUCGACUGCUAUCAUGAGUUCUUCAAAUACAACAAUGGCAGAUACAGCUUCCUCUACUCCAGAUUCAACCACAACAGCUCCUGCUCGGUCGAUUGCCAGCAUGAGUCCUUCAAAUACAACAAUGGCGGAUAUAGCUUUGAAUACGACAAUGGCAAACAACAUUUCCGCUACCUCCGAACCCCCAGCUGAGAGCUCUUCCACAGCAAUGCCCACUUCAGCAGGAACACCGACAUCAGCCAAGGCAACAAUGUCCACAUCCAGAAUGAGUUCCAACACAACCUCCUCUACUCCACGUUCAAACACAACAGCUCCUGCCCAGUCGACUGCCAGCAUGAGUCCUUCAAAUACGGCAAUGGCAAACAACCCUCCUGAACCUACAACUGAGAACUCUUCUCCAGGUUGGCAACACGGCCCGGACGUGGCGAGGAACUCGGGACUGGUCGCAGUGCUCUGUAUCUUUGCCAUUGUGCUAGUGCUUUGAGUUUGGGAAGCUGGAUGAUGCACAGGUGGGGGGCCAGCCCCCAGCAUGCACUGGGGCACUGAAGAAACUGGACCGGAACAAGACGCUGGAACGGAACAAAACAAGACGCUGGAACUUUUGACCUAUGCAUGUGGAUCUCCUACGGAAUCACUGUGUGGGGCCCAUCUGUACAAUAACGUACAUUUCUGCACUAGGGGAAACUCGGGGAAACUUUGGAUGUUUACGGGUUAGAUUUCUUCUGCACUAGCUUUUCAUGUCAUUCUUUCACUGGUAUGUAGCAUAUAGAGUUUCAUCGUAACUGCUAAUCCAUUAUACGAUACCGCUAUAACUACUGCUACUAUUGAUCCGUGGAUCACAUAAAUGUUAUUUUAAAUAAUGGAGAUGUUUUACAGGAAUGGUGUUUGGGGGGGAAUGGAUAUUGUCUGUCCCCCUAAUGUUUUGAGAUUUACUUUAAAGCUUCGUGUCAAUCUCAAACAAAGCAGCGUUUAACCUUCAUAAUAUGAUUACAUGUCAAAUCCUUUAAUUGCAUUAAUUUUCUUCGAAUCUAAAAGAUGAUUGUGUAUGAAUGUAUUCCAAAAAAUGAUUUUGAAAAAAUCAACAAUAAAGUUCAACAUAUCUGUA